AUUUUAUUCAUUCUGUAGAGAUCUGAUUUCAGGGAAAAUCUGUCAGCUGAAAAACUAAAGGGUUGUUCAUGUGGUAAAAGUUUGCCAGCCAUUUUUUUCCAUAUAGUGAGAAAGUUCUGAUGCCAUAAAUUACAUUUGACUUUUCAAUAAUAUGUAGCCAAGGAAAUGUGUGAUUGGCCUGGCUAAUCUCUGCCACAUUCCUCUGGGAGGGGUUUUUAUUGUGUGUGAGAGGGAUGGAGACUGAAUCAGUGUAAUGCACUAUGGACUUGUGAAUGCCUCUAUUUAACAGGACUCUGGCUGUAUCGGCUCUCACAAGCGUUGUUCCUGUGCUCUGGGAUUGAAUGUAGCGAGAACGAUGAGCUUGACCAAAAUCACAAACGUCGACACGGUGGAGCUGCAAGAAGGCUCCCAUAAUGCAGCCUUUCAAGAGGACAAUGAUACAUCUGAGGCAUCAUGCUCUCGAGAGCACCAGGCCACCAGCUUCUCCUUCGCCACGCCGGAGCAAAACGAGUAUACUCAGAUCAAACCGUAUGCUGGGAUGCCCAAAGAGGUCCUGAUGCUAUACUCCAGCAAAGCCUGCUACAGGAUCCCUCGUGAGAUUCUUUUCUGGCUGAUCAUCGCAUGCACCCUGGCUCUGAUUGCCAUUACCAUCACGAUCGUGGCGCUGUCGCCUCGAUGCAUGAGCUGGUGGCAGCUGACUCCGGUCUAUCAGGUUUAUCCUCGAUCAUUCAAAGAUUCAAAUGCUGAUGGUGUUGGAGACCUCAAAGGAAUCAUGGAGAAACUGAGUCAUUUUGAGUACCUGAACAUUAAAGCAAUCUGGAUCAGUCCUUUCUACAAGUCUCCUAUGAAGGACUUUGGCUAUGACGUCGAGGACUUCAGGCAGAUUGACCCUCUCUUUGGAACCAUGGAAGACUUUGACAACCUCCUAACAGGCAUGCAUGACAAAGGUCUAAAGCUGAUCAUGGACUACAUCCCGAACCACACCAGCGACAAACACGUCUGGUUCCAGCUUAGCCGUAAUGGCACAGAGCCCUAUAAAGACUACUACAUCUGGGUUAACUGCACUGCAGACAAACCUCCCAACAACUGGGUAAGUGUGUUUGGGAAUUCAACCUGGGAGUAUGAUGAAAUACGACAACAGUGUUAUUUCCAUCAGUUCCUCAAGGAACAGCCAGACCUGAACUACCGUAACCCCAGAGUCAUAGAGGAGAUGACGGACAUAAUCCAUUUCUGGCUAAAGAAGGGGGUGGACGGGUUCCGCAUGGACGCUGUGAAACACAUGCUUGAGGCCACACAUUUGAGAAAUGAACCCCAGGUUGACCCUGACCAAGAUCCAUCGACUGUGGACACAGAGUUUGAGCUGUACCAUGACUACACCUACACACAACCAGGUCUACACGAGAUCCUGACAGAAUGGAGGAUGGAGAUGGACUCCUACAGCAGAGAGCCUGGCCGCUACAGAUUCAUGGUUACAGAGUCUUACGACUAUGAAGAAAUUGACAAAACCAUGAGGUACUACGGCACAAGCUAUGCCACAGAAAGCAAUUUCCCCUUUAACUUCUAUCUACUGGAUCUUCCUGAUGAUCUGUCAGGAAAUCAAGCCAAAGGCCUGGUUGAUUUAUGGAUGUCGAAAAUGCCAAAGGGAAAAUGGCCAAACUGGGUGGUGGGAAACCAUGACAAGCCACGUAUAGGCUCAAGUGCUGGUAAGGAAUAUGUCCGUGCCAUAAACAUGCUGUUGUUAACACUGCCUGGAACCCCCACAACAUACUACGGAGAGGAGAUUGGCAUGGUGAACGUUAAUAUAUCUGUAAUUCAGGAUCCUUUUGGAAAAGUUGAUCCAAGCAACGGUCGAGACCCACAGCGAACACCAAUGCAGUGGAAUGAUCAGCUCAACUCUGGCUUUAGUGACAAUGCAACGGGCACAUGGCUAGACAUCGCUCCAGACUACAGCACUGUCAAUGUGGAGCUUCAGCAGGCCGAUCCAGACUCCAUCAUUUCACAGUAUCGUGCUCUGAGUUUGCUCAAAGCGUCGGACAUUGUCCUUACCCGAGGCUGGUUCUGCAACGUCUGGAGUGAUGUCAACGUAUUUGCAUAUUUGCGUGAGCUGGAUGGGCUCAAAAAAGGCUUCCUGGUGCUUCUAAACUUCGGCGUGGAUACUACAACAGACUUGUCUUCGGUUGGUGAGCUGCCAGAUUCCCUCACUGUUCAUUUAAGUACAGUGCCAAUAAGCCAGAAGACUUUCUCUAAAUCCAGAAUUCCAACAUCUCGAGGGCAAGGAUUGCUCCUGGAAUAUUCCACCAAUCAGCGAUUUUACCCUAACCAUGAAUCUGAGUGUUAUGUUUCUGAGAAAGCCUGCUAUUUGUCCGCACUAGAUAUUCUGUACAAGUGUUGAGGGUGUUUGUGCCCUAACUAAGCUGACACAGCGAAUGGAUAAAGGCUAUCUUUUCCACGUUUUAUUCCUGUGAUAUAAUGCUGGCUAGUCCUGCCCACUCUGAAAUCUCAUUGGUCUCAUGAUCUCACUCCACAGAACUGUAGACUGAACAUCAAGUAUAGUUUAAUUGGCUGUGAUAUCUAUUGUGUUCAGUGUAAACAGUUGCUUGUCGGUGCAAAAUUGUCACAUCUCAACUAGUUUGGACAUAGAUUUCGUUUUGGUCCGAAGACAAACCUUUAUUAAACAAGAAAUCAACAUACAUUUAACAAAAAUAGUUUGAUUUAUUAAAAAA